AUGGAGAGUAGAGCAGGGACAAAUGGGUCAGCUGCAAAGAAUUUUUGGAAUAAUGGUUCAAGACUUAGUGGGUCAGGCAUGGACUACAUGUACAUCAAAAUGGAAAAAGAGAGGGUUAGAGUUAAAUGUGCAAAAGAGACAUGUCCUUGGUUGAUAUACGUAGCUAAAAAUUCUGCUACAUUGUCAUUUGAGUUUAAGACAUUCAAUGACGAGCAUACAUGUGGGAGGGAUUAUGGGAAUAAUUUGGCUGACAGGGUGUGGGAGACUGACAAGGCUUUUAAGGCUGCUAGGGAGACGGUACUUGGUAAUGAGAAGGCCCGGUAUGAAAAGUUGAGGAAUUAUAUGCUAGAGUUGCAUCGGAGUAAUCCUGGAAGCACUACCAAUAUGGAGGUUGUUCCCUUUCCACAUUCUCUAUCCUUGUUUGAGAGGAUUUAUAUAUGUCUAGAGGCAUAUAAGACUGGGUUCAAAGCUGGUUGUAAGCCAUUGAUAGAGCUAGAUGGCUGUUUUUUGAAGGGUUAUUAUGGUGGUCAACUCUUGUGUGCAGUUGCACAAGACGCCAAUAAUCACUCUUUUGGUCUUGUUCAUGCCAUGAAAGAUGUGAUGCCAAAUGUUCACCAUCGACAUUGUGUGCUGCAUAUUUGGAAGAAUUUCAGACAAAGAUUUAAGGAUAAGCAGACUGAGGGACUUGUGUGGGCUUUUUUCAGUCACUUUCCAAAAAAUGAUAGAACCACAAAUAACAUGUGUGAAGUAUGGAAUGCAACGAUUGUUGAUGCUAGAGAGAAGCCAAUAUUAACAAGGUUAGAGGAGAUUAGAUGCACAAUCAUAAAAAAGAUGGCUAACCAUAAAUGGAUCUUAAGUUCAUAUACUGAAAAAUUGGCACCAGCUCAACAGAAGAGGGUUGACAAGUUUAUCAAGCCUGGAUGUCACAAAUGGAUAGCUCAGUGGUCUGGAGAUAAUAACAGAGUCUUAUUUGAAAUCACAAGAGGAAAACAGAAACUGGAAAUGAAUCUACAACAACAUACUUGCACCUGCAACAUGUGGCAGCUUUCAGGUAUGCUAUGUGUGUAUGCUGUUGCUGCCAUAUCUAAACUUAGGGUCAGAACUGCUGAGGACUUUGUUAGUCCACUACUAACAAUGGAUGCUAUUAGGACCACUUAUAAUGUGUGUGUGAAACCAGUAAACAGUGAAGAGUUUUGGAAAGAAGCAAGUCAACCAAAGCCUGAUCCACCUAGAAUAACAAGACCAGCUGGACGUUCGAAAAAAUGA